CCAGGGCCAGGGGAGGUGAUUCUUCUUCAACCUUUUAUUUCUCUCCCGUAGGGUUUCUAUGUGAUCAACAAUGGCGUUAUCAUCUACUAUUAUUAAUUUAUUACUUUAUUUUUUAAGUUUCAAUUUUUAUUCCCCUUUUGUUGUUGCUGUCGAUGAAAACAAAACAAAACCUAGUUUCUGCCAUAACCAGUUCCAAUCGGUUCUAGUGAGGAAUUGGGUCGAUGGUGUAGAGCGCGAAUACAUCGAAGGAUUAAGUGGUGAAUUUGGUUCCGUUUUGCCCAUGGAGGAAAAGAAAGCUCGUCGAUUGGAUGGAUGUUCUUGCUGUUCUCUCUGUAACCCCCUAAUUUUCUUGCUGUUCUCUCAAACCCCUUGAAUGGAUGUACCCUACCCUCCUCAAAGUUAUCUAAUUCCAUUGCGUUGUCUGCACGGGGAGAUUGUGAAUUUAUGGAGAAGGCACAAGUUUCACAGUCAGGGGAUGCUGCUGGCUUACUGGUGAUAAAUGACGAGGAAGAUAUUUUCGAGAUGAUGUGUUCUGAGAAUGCUGUAAAUAUUAUGAUUCCUGUUGUGAUGAUCCCGGCCUCGGGAGGAAAACAGAUUAAAGAAUCAAUCGCCUCUAAAGGGAAAGUGGAGCUGUUAUUAUACGCUCCAAUUAGUCCUAUUGUGGAUGUCUCAGUUGUGUUCUUAUGGAUGAUAGCUGUUGGUUGUGUUAUUUUGGCUUCCAUUUGGUCAGAAUAUAUUGCAUGUGAGCAGCAUUGUGAUCCCUAUCAGGAUUCUUCUAUUGCUGGGUCAGCUAAAGAUGAUUCUGAGAAAGAUGUGCUAGAUAUAAGUGUAAUGGGUGCUGUAUGUUUUAUCAUUGUAGCAUCAACCUUUCUGGUGGUACUAUUCUUUUUUAGGUCGUCUUGGUUUGUUUGGCUGCUGAUCAUGUUCUUCUGCAUUGGGGGCACCCAGGGAAUGACUGCUUGUGCAAUAGCAUUGAUUUCAAGAGUAUCCAGAAACUGCCGUAAUCACACCGUCAAACUACCGCUAUUUGGGGAUGCUACAGUUCUAUCUAUUGUGGUAUUUCCACUCUGUCUAGCAUUUGCCAUCUUUUGGGUUGUUCACCGGCAUGCAUCAUAUUCGUGGUUCUUUCAAGAUUUUCUUGGUAUUUGUUUGAUGAUAAAUGUCUUACAGCUAGCCCGAUUACCAAAUAUCAAGGUCGCUGCUGUACUUCUGUCCUGUGCAUUUGUCUACGAUAUAUUUUGGGUCUUCAUAUCGCCAUUGUUAUUUCAUGAAAGUGUUAUGGUUGCAGUAAGUGUAGAUUUUACCAGCUUUUUUUUUUUAAUCAGUUUUCUUCUUCUCUUAUUUAAUUACAAUUUCAGGUUAGUGUGAAUCAGCAUAAUCUUUACCGACAUAACUCUUGCUUGACGUUCUUUUCUAGUAGUAGUUUUCUGUUUUUUUUAUAGACCUGGAAUCUUUUGUUUCCAUUUUCUUACACUUUCCUCAUGUCGUUCUCAUGGACUCAUUCUGUAUCAUUUGGAUGGCUCUUUCCUCAUUUGAUAACUAUACUACCUGUAAAAGCUUAUGGAUUAUUGCAUGGUUAUGAUUAUAAUUGAUAACUUGUUUGUAACUAAAGGCAUGAUUAACAUUUACCAAUUCUUUAUUAUUUAA